AUAAAAAAAGAUAUUUAAAUUAAAUAAAUUUAAUAAUUAAGUAUAAUUAGUUCUAAGAUAAAAUAAAACAAAAUCAAUAUUUAAGAAUAAAACAGAAAUAAAUUGAUCACGCAAAACAAUAAAAAUGGAAUAAAAAACAUAGAAUUAAUAAAAAUAAAACUCUUCUGUAAUACGUAAUAUGGAAGAAUAAUAUAAUACAGUUAAUGAAGAAUAGGAAUACAAUUCUUUUAAUUACAUACUUGCUAUUGUUUUAGUUGCCAAUAUGGGUGUUUUAUAUUUUGGAUAUCAACUAGGAGUUAUGUCUCUUGCCUAAAAUACUAUUUUUAUUGUUUUUGAUGUAAAGCAUAGCUAAUAAAAUUUUUAUUCUUCAAUGAUUGACUCAGCUAUACCUUUUGGCGCUGUUUUUGGUGCUUUAUUAUCAGGAAAGAUCUAAGAUUUUGUAUCACGUAAAAAUUCGUUAAUACUAGCUGAUAUUUUUGGAAUAAUAACUGGAUUGCUGUGCCUAUUUAAAAAUAUAAAUUUAUUAGUUAUUGCAAGACUUUUUGCUGGUUUUGUUACAGGCCUAAAUACUUCUCUUGUGCCUAAAUAUAUAUAAGAAAUUACUCCUCUUAGUUUAGUUGGAGUUAUGGGUAUUUUUUUUACUACUUCCUUGAAUUUUGGAAUUGUUUUAGCAAAUUUAAAUGGCUAAUUUUUUAAUGAGUUUCCAAUCCCUGAAGAUACUUAUUGGUAUUAUGUAUUUUUUUUUCCUUUAUUAAUAAAUAUAACACGUAUGGUGCUAUUAUAGCUAUUUUUUAAUCAUGAGACACCUUUUUACUAUAUUAUAAAUAAUGAGAAUGAAAAAUGCAAGAAUUUGCUUAAGAAAAUUUAUAAACCUUAAUAUGUUGAUCAAAAUUAUUAGCAAGUAAGGUAGUUAGCAGAAAAUACUAAUAAUAUUUAAGAGAGUUAUAGAGAUAUGUUUAAUAGGUAAAAUCGUUGGCGUCUUUUUAUUGGCUGCACCUUAUAAUUUUUUUAGUAAUUUUCUGGAAUCAAUGCGGUUACUAUGUAUUUAAGUUAGAUUUAUGAGAAAGAAAACUAUUAAUUUAAGACUGCAAACUUACUAACACUUCUUUCAAGUACAGCUUUCUUUUGUGCUGCUUUAGUCAACACUUAAAUUGUAUAAAAAUAUACUCGUCGUAUAAUUCUUAUUGUUGGUUCUGCAUUUACUGGGCUUUUCAUAUUAUCUUUAGCGAUUCUUAGUGAAAUAGAUGAUAAGAAUAUCACAUACUUGACAGUUAUAUGUAUUGAUUGUUAUUAUGUGGCAUUUAAUUUUUCGCUAGGCCCAAUAAUUUGGCUAUAUUGUUCAGAAAUUCUUCCAUAAAAAGGAUUUAGUAUUGCCACUACAGUCAACUAAAUUUGUGGAACAAUAAUCGUAAUGAUGCUUCCCUAUUUUGAUAAAUUAUGGAUUUUAUUUAUUUUCUACUCCACAGUUUGUUUCUUAUGUUCUAUAUUUACUUAUUUUUUAGUAGAAGAAACAAAAAAUAAGUCUAAACUAGAAAUAUAAAAAUUAUAUUAACCAUAAGAAUCCAAUGAAUAAAAAUGUAUUCCCCUCUAUCAGCCAAUUUGA